AUGCACCAAUACAUUGUUAGACCCUGUCACCGUCGCGUUCCCCGAAUUCCCCCUGCAGUCCGCCUCUUAGCUCCCCACCUCUUUCCUCCCUCCAAGUACUGUCGUCCACAUAAACGACCCGGUCGUAGUUCCUUCAAACGGGGACGUCUCGAGUAUUUGAAAAGACUCGAAAUCGCGAAGAAACAUUGGGAGAAAAAAGCUUCGACCCAGCCGACCUUGAGAGGGAACGCAUUGGUGUUAUUGGAGCGAGGCCCUUCACCCCUAAGCUCGAUCUCGAAUCUAUCAGCCUGGAACGACGAAUCACGAGAGGAAGAAAUCUCGUCAAUCGAGCUCUACUAUCGGAAGUUACGCGCCAGUACCCAUAAAACACUUUGGCAACAUAAUGCUCGUCUAGACGACUACCGGGAUAUAUACGAUGUGGAAUCGGACAGUGCCGACAAUCUCGCUGAAUUUUCUGUCCUGAAUCAUGGUUGCCAAGAGGAACACGAUGGUAUGGAUCUCGGACUUCAAUCGAGUGACGUUGAGAUGCUCGCAAUGAGUCCACUUCUUUCACCACCGAAUGAUAAGAUUUUGGGCUGGGAGGAGGAACCAGCGAAAACGCAACCCAUGUCUCAAACUCCAGCAGAAAUCAUCAUCAGUUGA